GCCGUCUGACGCACUUAAGACUCAACUUAAAGGUGUAAAUGUGGGGGUGUAACUUAAUGAAAGGUGAAUAAGAGACUAAGAUCAGGAUAUAAACCGAUUAGGCGUCACAGCCUCGCUUGGAGCUAAUGGACUCUGUUCUUAGUUUUGCGGUGUGGUUCUCCAGCCGAGCACAAAAAUCGCAGAAAGUGUGCUCCUUUUCCUGUAUCCGCCUCUGAGCGAUGAGCUGUACACACCACCAGCUGACACGAAGGACACACACACACACACACACACACACACACACUCAGGACCAGCCAUGGCUCUCAUACACAUUCUCAUUCUGCUCUCGUGUGCGGGGAAAGUUUGGUCCGAAUCUGACCCUCAGUUCUAUCUGGACAACAUCACACGGAUUCUGGACAGAUUACUGGACGGAUAUGACAACAGGCUGAGACCCGGAUUCGGAGGUCCCGUCACAGAAAUCAAAACAGACAUCUUCGUCACCAGCUUCGGUCCCGUGUCUGACGUGGAAAUGGAGUACACUAUGGACGCGUUUUUCCGUCAGACGUGGGUAGACGAGCGUCUGAGGUUCGAGGGUCCCAUCGAGAUCCUGCGUCUCAACAACCUGAUGGUCAGCAAGAUCUGGACUCCAGAUACUUUCUUCCGAAACGGCAAACGCUCCAUCGCUCACAACAUGACGACUCCGAACAAGCUGUUCCGCAUCAUGCAGAACGGAACCAUCCUCUACACCAUGCGAUUGACCAUCAACGCCGAGUGUCCGAUGAGGCUCAUCAACUUCCCCAUGGACGGACACUCCUGUCCCCUGAAGUUUGGCAGCUACGCUUACCCCAUGAGUGAGAUAGUGUACACUUGGAAGAAAGGGCCCUCGUCGUCUGUGGAGGUGCCUCAGGAGUCGUCGAGCCUCCUGCAGUACGACCUGAUUGGACAGACGGUGUCGAGCGAAAAGCUCAAGUCCAACACGGGAGAAUACAUCGUCAUGACCGUUCACUUCCAUCUGCAGAGGAAGAUGGGCUUCUUCCUGAUCCAGACCUACAUCCCCUGCAUCAUGACCGUCAUCCUCGCGCAGGUUUCAUUCUGGAUCGACAAAGAGUCCGUUCCUGCCAGGACCGUCUUCGGCAUCACUACAGUGUUAACGAUGACGACUCUGAGUAUUAGCGCCAGACACUCGCUGCCUAAAGUCUCCUACGCCACCGCUAUGGACUGGUUCAUCGCCGUCUGUUUCGCCUUCGUCUUCUCCGCACUCAUCGAAUUUGCCGCUGUAAACUACUUCUCCACCGUGCAGGCCAACCGAGAGCGUCGCCGUGCCAACGCCGCCCGAGCUGCCAUGGCAACUGCCUCCUUAAGUGACAGCAAAGACGUUACGUUGCGAGUCGAUCCCAGCAGCGUUCUGAAGAAAAGGCUGAACUCGGUGCCGCAGAAGGAGAACUCCAUGGUUCCUGCGAGUCCCGUGCCUGAAGUACGUCAGCAGGGUUCAGCCACGCCCGCUAGCUCUUCACUAAUUGGCACCAGCAUCAUUGAUAAAUACUCGCGCAUCCUCUUCCCGCUGUCCUUCGGCGCCUUUAACCUUGUUUACUGGAUCGUUUACCUCACCAAGGACCCCAUGGAAACGAGGGAGGAGUGAGUGCCGCGUCCUCGCCAGAGCAGCUCUCAGGAGACAGAGGGACAGACGGAGGAUUAAAAAAACACCCUGGAUCACCCGAAUCCGUUUAAUUCCAUCUUAUUGUGUUCAAAAGAGAAGGGCAGCUUAAUUUAACCUUUGAUCUUUUAACCCUUUAUUUUUUUAUUAUUUAUUUUUUUAGUAAAUUAAAUUCUUUUUAAUAAACCAAAGAUUAUUUAUCCUGCGAUCGUUCUGCAGGAAUUCUUUGGAGCUGAGGGUUCUUAGCAUUUGAAAAAUGGCUGUAUUUCUGUUGUAGGGUUCUACCUAGAACGUUUCAUGGUUCCUUCACAGAAAGAGCUAAAUUUCCUUUUAAUUGAAAAUGAGUCCUUCAGCUGUUCCUUUGAAGGAACCCUGAAAAAUUCUACAGAUAAA